AGGAAAACAAAAUGGUAAAGUAAAUACAAAUCUUCUCAGUGAAGAAAUCUCAAGUCCAGAACAAGGAGAAGAAGAGGGUAAUGUCGGCGUUUCUUAACGACCUGCUAUCGAAACGGACCUCGGUUUUCGGGUUGCGGUUAUGGGUCGUUCUGGGCAUCAGUGUCGGCGCUGCAAUUGUGCUCCUCCUCUUCUUUCUCUCCCUCUGGUUCACCUCCCGCCGCAACCACGCCGCCGUCAAAAAGUCAUCUUCUACUACUAAUCUCUUUCUUGCUCACAAAACCCCCACCGCAAUCAAGGAGACUCGGGCUUCCCGACCCGACCCGUCAAAAGCCCGCCCGCAGAAUCCCGCUCAUUCCCUACCCGACCCGGUUCAGGAGUCUGAGGAGGCCAGGCGCAGCUCGGGCGGGCAGCGGAUGGUUAAAAUCGACAUCGGGAAGGGCCACAGGAUUUCGUACCCGGGCAGCGGCGGAUCGAGGCACGAGAGCGGAGAGUCACGGUCUGGCGGAGAUCCGUCGGCCGCCGCCGCCUCCUCCGCGCCGGAGGUGUCUCACUUGGGUUGGGGCCAUUGGUACACUCUGAGAGAGCUUGAGAUUUCCACCAAUGGGUUUGCCGAUGAGCGUGUGGUUGGUGAGGGUGGCUAUGGCAUUGUUUACCGUGGAAUUCUUGAUGAUAACACCACCAUUGCUGUCAAGAAUCUGCUCAAUAACAGGGGACAAGCUGAGAGGGAGUUUAAGGUUGAAGUGGAAGCGAUUGGGCGUGUUCGGCACAAGAAUUUGGUGAGAUUGCUUGGCUAUUGCGCAGAGGGAGCACAUAGGAUGCUAGUGUAUGAGUAUGUAAACAAUGGAAACUUGGAGCAGUGGCUCCAUGGAGACGUGGGACCCUGCAGUCCUCUUACCUGGGAAAUUCGAAUGAAUAUCAUCCUUGGAUGUGCAAAAGGGUUAACGUAUCUACAUGAAGGUCUUGAACCCAAGGUUGUUCACCGCGACAUCAAAUCAAGCAACAUUUUGCUUGACAGACAAUGGAAUCCCAAAGUAUCUGACUUUGGCUUGGCCAAGCUCUUGGGUUCUGAGAGGACUUACGUUACCACUCGUGUUAUGGGUACCUUCGGUUAUGUAGCUCCUGAGUAUGCUAGUACUGGCAUGUUGAAUGAAAGAAGCGAUGUUUAUAGUUUUGGGAUUCUUCUGAUGGAGAUAAUUACUGGAAGAGUUCCAGUGGAUUACAAGCGCCCACCUGGAGAGGUAAAACUUGUUGAUUGGAUUAAGACAAUGGUCUCAAACCGGAACUCAGAGGGCGUUUUAGAUCCCAAGUUGCCCGAAAACCCUUCUUCACGAGCAUUGAAACGGGCCCUCCUGGUGGCUCUGCGCUGCGUAGACCCAAAUGCUCAGAAGAGGCCGAAGAUGAGCCACAUCAUACACAUGCUUGAAGCUGAUGACUUCCCCUUCCGAGAUGACAAAAGACCGGGAAGGGAUGUUGAAGAGAAGGCGAGAGUCACAGAGAAGGACAUAAUAGCCGAAUCAGCGGAUAGUGGCUAGUGUUUUAGGCAUAUGCCCACACUUGUAAAGGUCGAUUGAUGAGAACAAAAAAUUCUUCAAUUGUUACUACUUCUGAUAUAGCCGAUGACCAGUGUAAAUAUCAUUCAUCCCUCUCUGCCUUUGCACAUACAAUGUUGUCCUUGAUGCUGUAGAGUUCCUUUUCAACUAAUUUAAGUUCUUUCAAUAUGAAUCUGGGCUUACAUCAGGCAACAUAGAACAUGAAACCUUCCUGCGACGCUUGAACAAGCAUCCCAGAAAUCUUAAUAACAAACUAAAGUUGCGUUCUGCUAUGUUUCUUUUCUUCAUCUUCAAAGAACACUUCGUUAAUAUCAUCAGCAGCAUCUCUAGGCGAUCGGAGUGACGAGAGAGAGAUGGAGAUUCGCGAACCGAAACGUGACUUGGGGUUUCCGAUCGCAGGAACCUUGGCUCCCAAUAGCGUUUCCGGCGAGGUUACCAGGUUUUGCGGUCGUGAAUUGAUUUUGAUUGCGGGAACAUUGGCUCAAAAAACGCUAGCUCAAUCGGAAUGGUUAACAGGAGCCCAUAUGAAGAUGGGUAGUCAUAAAAGUGGAGAUAGAUUAUCCCAAGGAGAUGUCUUGCUGAUGGAUCCAGACCAAUAUUCUAAGUUUUGCGAAGAAGAAGAUGGAAACCAUUGGUGAUGCUUAGCUUAUUUAAAGGUUGUUGAAGUGAUGUUCCAAGGAGAGCACUUGAGAACCCGGAGUCACCAUCCUUGAAGAUCAGGCAAAAACGUCCCCGAAUCACUUGGUGAAACUCUUGGUAUGGAGAGUCUUAUUUGUGAGGAGUAACCACCCACAAAAGCGAACCUGACUAGAGGAAAUUUCCGAAGACUCCCCACAUAGCCUCCAUAAUAAGGCCGGCCAUCAUCAGUAGGUUGCAGUGCCUCUCUUUUGCUCAUCAAUCUAUUUAUUUUGGCCAUAAACACUUUGAAUGUACCGCUUUGAAGCACAUUUAAGGUAGAACCUACAAUACAUUGAGAGGUUAGAUAGACAUAAUUAGUUUGAGAGGUGUCCUGGAAAAACGUAUAAAAUUGUGAGGGCAAAAAAAGUAUAGUACUCAAAUUGGUCGUCACAUGUGUCUAUUAGAGCUCCUCCUCUAUUGUCUGGAAACCUUGGUGUUUCUGGGAUGGGCGCUAAGUAGUGGGUACCUUGUUCAAAACCAAUGUAAAGCCGCAUCAAAAGAUACGAUAAGCUCGUACCAUG